AUGGAUACGGCUACCAAGCAGUACACUGGUAUGAACGACCAUGGCGACCAUAUUGACACCGGUAUCGGCGGAAAACGACUCGUCAGUAGCCAUACACCGCCACCUGGAACCUUCACAGAUAUCCCAAUCAUUGACCUUUCUGACGCUGCAUCACCAGCGCUUGAGUCACGCAGGGAAAUUGCCAAGGCUAUCCAUCAUGCCUGCGUCAAUGUCGGUUUCUUCUACAUCAAGAACCACGGCGUGCCACGGGAUAUUAUUGAGGGCUGCCACAAGGAGGCACAUCGCUUCUUCCAUGAGCUCUCGCUCGAAGACAAGAUGGAGCUAGAUAUGAAGAAGAACAAGGAGUUUUACGGAUAUGCGCCGAUUCAGACACAAAUGCCACCAGGCGCGAGCAAGAAGCGCGUCUUUGAGUCUGUCAACUUCGGUUACGAACCGACCAUGGACCUAGGGGCAACAGGCACCGAAGACAACGGCCCAUCCUUCUGGCCACCAGAAGACAAGCUUCCUGGUUUCAAGCACAACAUCGGGCUGUACUACUCUGAAGUCAUGGCUCUCUCGCGCCGCCUUCUCCACCUGUUCGCCUUAGGGCUGGAUCUCGAGGAGGAAUACUUUGACCAGUUCUGCAAGAAGCCCGGCGUGCUGCUGAAGCUGAAUCACUACCCCGCUGCCAUACCGGAAAGCCAGGAUACGGCGGGUAUACAUGCGCAUAGCGAUUUCGAGGGGUUCACUAUCCUGUGCCAAGACGAGGUGAAGAGUUUGGAAGUGCUGAGCAAAGAUGGGCAUUGGAUCCCGGUGGACCCUAUUCCAGGCACGUUUGUUGUUAACAUCGGAGAUGCGAUGAGCAUGUGGACCAACGACCUCUUCCUUUCCACUAUCCAUCGAGCUUACAACAAGGAGGGUAAAGCUCGGUAUUCCAUCCCUUUCUUCUUUGGUGCUGACUACGAUGCUGUGAUGGAAACGUUGCCGAGUUGUGUUUCGGAGGACAGGCCAGCCAAGUAUAAGCCAAUCACGGCAGGGGAGCAUGUGAAGAUGAAGCUAAAUAAGACAUACCCGAAGACUGCCCAAGUCUGA